GUCAUUUUAGAUCUGUAGGAGUAUCUGUUCAUUGAAGGGUAAAAUAUAAAAAAGAUAGAGUAUAAUAUUACAUAAAUUACAGGUCGUAUAUAUUCGGCAACAGAAAGUAUCCCGGAUAGAUUGUGCAGACGACAAAAGCGGCUCACUAUCGCUGAUCUCUGAACAUAUCAAAUAUGGCACUUACUGUAAAGAUUAUGUUGUGUUUGGCUUUGUGUAUGGUGAUAGUUCAAGGUAGAGCUAGUGAUCCCAGUUAUCUUAGACGAGAAUUACUCUUGAGGGCGUUAAAUAAACUUCAAGAAAAAAGCGAAUAUUCUGAUCUUAUGAAGAGGCUUCCAGAAGAAGAAACAGACCAAGCUAUGGGAGAUUUUGAAACAGACCAAGCUACGGGAGAUUUUGAAACAGACCAAACUACGGGAGAUUUUGAAACAGACCAAGGACAGGAAGAUUUUGAAUCAGACCUAGGACAGGAACCAGACAUUUCUGAUGACGAAGGCGGCGUUGAAUAUUUUGUACAAAGGAUUCAGGAUUUGAUUCAGGGUGAAUGUGGAGAAUUAUUUGCUUCAACGUUUUAUGGAAAUACAGAAGCUGGGCAAGAAGAUUUGGAUAUUGAUCCAGAAUUGACCCCAGAAGUCAAACGCAAAAUCGCAAGAGACCUUGAGGAAGAGCCUGACGCAGUUGAUUUCAUCGGUUCAUUAGCGCUAGCAGCCCAAACUGCAUACGAAUGCAUGUUGGAAGGGCGACAGGAAGCUGUUGGUGGUGAAGAGGCAAAUAAUGUAGAGGAAAAUGAUGAAGAGGCAACAAUGAAUGAUGAGACAACCACUGACAGUCUAGAUUCCGAAUCUCAGACUGAAAUGACAACACCUGCACCCGUUGGUUCUACGACACCUGGUGAAAGCGAGACUGAAGAAGGAGAAAUAGCGGGACUUGUCGAGAGAGAAUUAUUAAAGGAACUGCUGAAAGAACGUAUUUCUAAGUUGUCUAAGAAUGGCUACAAUGGCAAGAAAUAGAAUCAAAGAUAAAUCAAUGACAAUUGAAAUAAGAAGAAAAUCAUUUCGAUGACAAAUAAAACAACGACUUGAUGCAAAUACAUAAUCAGUGAUUUCAUGUCAAUCUUUCAAUUGCAAAAAAUAAAAUGAUUUUGUUUUUCAAUAACCUUCAUUCAAUUCUAUAAUUAAUUUGCCCAUCAUGAUUUACAACAUUUGCAAGUUUUAAAACUAUGUAACGAUUAUAGAUAUAUGUGUUAGUGUGUUUCUCGUUCUUUGUUUUAGCUUUUGGCUGAAUAAUAUGUAUAUAAGCUUGUUUUCUUUUGUUAAUUCUGUUUUUUAAAUUUCUAAAGUAGAUCAUACAUAUAUAAUAUAAGUAUACACUAAAAUAUUUCGAUCAAAUUAAAAAGAAAACAACAACAGAGGAAUAUAACUACCGUUUAAGAGAAGAGUUUAAUUAAUUUAGCUCUAGUAAUGCCGUCUACAGAACAAUCAUAAACGAUAUGUGACUGGAUUGCUUUUAACACAUCGCGAACGUGUAUUUGCUCAACAACGUAAUAAAGACACGAGAAAACCAUGCUGCAAUAUUUCUAUUAUUGAUAUUCUUGUAUUUCUAUCUUACGUUAAUAAAAUGUAUCUGAUAA